AUGUGUAACCCACACCACCAAAACACGGCGGAGGAAUGCCACCGGAAUCUGCUGUCUAACUUCUACAAAGCAUUGGCCACCCGAGACGCCACCACCGUCCACCGUCUCCUAACUCCCGAUAUCGAAUGGUGGUUUCAUGGUCCACCGUCGUGCAACCGUCUUAUGGGUCUGCUCACCGGCUGUUCCGAUGACCGCUCCUCCUUCACUUUCGACCCUCUCUUAGUCGUCUCCAUCGGUUGUUCCAUGGUGGUGGCAGAAGGCUACUUGCCGGAGAAUCAUAACGUCAGCUGGGUGCAUGCGCUGACCGUCGUUGACGGGAUUAUAACUCAGGUGAGGGAGUAUUACAACACUUCUGUUACCGUCACCCGUUUUGCCAAGUCAGCAAACGUCCACGUGCUUCCACAGGGUGGUGACAAUUGUCAGUGUGUGUGGCAGAGCAUGCUUACUGAUCAUAAAUCUAUGCCUGGUCUUCUUAUUGUAAUUUAA